AUGACUCGAAAUCGUUUUCAAAAAAUCACUGCAAUGUUGCACUUGAAUAAAAAUAACAAUUGUUUUCCCAAAGGAGAUUCAAGAUUUGAUAAAUUACAUAAAGUGAAGCCUUUAGUCGAAGCAUUGAAUAGGUCAAUAAAAGACGUUUAUAAACCUUCCAAUCUUGCUGCAAUUGAUGAAUCUAUGAUUUUAUUUAAGGGACGUUCUUCACUAAAACAGUACAAUCCAAUGAAACCGAUAAAAAGAGGGUACAAAGUUUGGUGCUUAGCCGAUUCUGUAACAGGCUUUGUUUCUAAUUUCGAAAUUUAUACUGGUAAAUCAGAAAACAAAAAUUCUAACGAUACAUUUGGAGAACGCGUUGUUCUGAAUUUGACGGAAUUUGACACUGGCACUUUGGUAGCAUUCGACAACUUUUUCACGUCUGUGAAACUUGUAUCUAGCCUUCAUGAAAAAGGGAUUUUCUCAGUUGGUACCGUAAGGGCGAAUCGAAUAGGACUUCCUGACAUGAUGAAGGAAAAAUCGAAAAUGCAAAGAGGUGAGUACGUAUUUCAAAGAAAAGGUGCUGUUACUGCUAUAAAAUGGAUGGAUGCAAAGCCAGUGACGCUUGUCAUCAGCGCAUCAUCCAAGUGUUUAUCAUCCUACAACAAAAUCAUGGGAGCUGUUGAUAGAUUUGAUCAACUAAAAGAAAGAUAUUCCAUCGGCAGACGAUCUCGUCGUCCAAACAAUUUCGUAGGGAAAAAAAUAAACCGUUUACAAGAAAGUAGAAAAGUUCAAUUAAGUAAACAUGUAUUGGAGUCUAUUGAAUCUCGUAGACGAUGUCGCUUUUGCAGCACUAAGGAAAAAGAAAUUCGAACUAAAUAUGUGUGCAAAGUUUGCGACGUUCCUCUUUGUGUAGAACCUUGCUUCAAAAAAUUUCAUGACAGUUAA